UCGCUAACGGUAUAAUCCACACGUACAGUUGGAACUUCAACGCUGUCGCGGUCGGUUGCGUCGUUUGCUGCGGUCGGAGUCCUUUUGUGCAAUUUGCUUUACAUAGUGUGCGUGCGAAAACGGCGGGAAAAUCGUAAAUUAUUCAAAAUAAAAUUUCUUCACGCGCGGCAAAUGUGGAUAAAUUAGUGCGAGUAGAAAUUGUGAAUUGAGAAUUGAGAAUUGAAUGAUUAAAUUGUGGCGCCAACUGUAAACAGCUAAGGAAAAGCCAAAACACUAACAACAAAACCGGAAGAUGCGCAAUUAAGAACUUUCGCAAAAAAUAACACAACAAUGUCAACAAAUAUUUCAUAAUUAAGAAACUCACUGAAAUGCAUAAAAUAUUCAAAUUCCGCUAACAAAAAAAAAUGUUGACAAGCUGCAAAUUGAGUGAUAAGUAAGUGUGAGCGGAUGGAGGCGGCAACCCGCAAACAAACAGAAUACACACACACACGCCUCGUAUACUAGAUCAAAGUAUGUUGGGCUACGACAAAAACAACUAUUUGUACGUCAGUAAGUAGCAGCAAUGAAAACAAGUGCCACGCACAUAAAUUGGAGCGAAGAGUAUUAGGGAAGAAGUCCACCAUACACCACAGCUCUGGGCUCGGGUCACGCCACAAGUUUCUAUGCUGUGGCACGGCAUACACUGGCACCACAAUGUUUUCGAAAUUUGUAUGUAACUGAUAGUAGUAUUGCCGUUAUAGACAUACGCACGUAUGGUGCGGUGGGUGUUGCGGCAACUCCCAGAGUACGUUUGACCUCAACGCACUUGAAAGUAAACAGCGUACAAAUUCUCUUUGAGUUUGGCUACAAGAAUUUAAUGAACAUUUAGAGACUGCAGAAAGCGUUUGUGGCCAGCCAAGGAGACUUGCAACAACGGCGAUAGCAGCACAGCAACAACUAAGUGGGGUUACAAAUUCAGCACCAACUUUAUUUGGGUUUGGGUUAGGGUUUUUUAAGGGUGGCACACUCAACAUACACCCGUUAAAAAUUUAAGCAGCACUAAAAAGGCAACAUUGCAGCGAAAGCGAGAACAAUUAGAACCUUGCUUUGGUGCGGAGUGGUGAAAAUAUUCCUGUAAGAUUACCCACUGCAACCUCACACAACACGGUCGCACUGUUCCGUGCCAUGGAAAUGGAUGUUAAUCUGCGUAAAGCAAGCGCCAUCGAACUAAUGACCAUAUCGGCGGGCUCCUACAGCAACAACAAUAAAUUCAACAAUAACAACACCGCACCAUCAUUUGCCUUGCGUCCGGUAGCUCCUGGCACUCCACCGCCACAUCGCAUCGGCUGUUGCGGCAUACUUGGUCGGCUGCUCUGCUCCGGCAGCGCCGGCACAGCGAAAACAGCCAGCAGCAGCAGUGACUAUAACAACUUGAAUAGCCUUCUGCCUAACGGCGGCAAUCAUCAGGCGUUGCAUGUGAAUGUGCCGGCUACACCUAGCGCCGCGGCUGUUGUUUCGGCCGUAUGCAACUCAGGUCAGACGCGCCGUCCGCAGUCGCGGCGUACGCCGCAGGAAAUCUACUUCGAGAGCCGCGGAAAGUCAUGCAAGAAGCUACUUAAGUUCAACGGCUACUCAAACAAGAUUCUGCUCUACCCUGAAGAGGGUUGGGCGCGCACGGCCUCCUCCAGCUACUGGACCAUCACACCUUGCUGGUGGCAGCCGAAUCGCUGUCGCAUCGAGGAGUUCACCGGCACACAACGCCAAUCGACCAAAGCAAAAAUGGUGCCGCUCGAACAGAAGGGUUCGCUACUCAUUGCCGGGCACUUUCGCAGCAAAAAGCCGUUGACUGGCAGUCCGUUGGGCGGACGAACUUGUAUGGACUGUGUGGAUGAUGGUGGCCGGCCGGGUGCGGCCAGUGCGAAGGAGAAGGAAAUUGACGAAUUCAAACUGUAUCUGACCUCGAAUAUCUCGAUGGAGGACUACAAUAUGGGCUACUGUUUGACAGGGUUCGUGGAGCGGCGCUGCCACCAGACCAACACAUACCAAAUGACCCACUUCGCCGUCAUCAAAAGGCAAUGGCCGUCCAUUAGCAGCGCAGAUGCAAAAUCAACGUAAUUAAAUCAAAACUUUUACAUUAUUUAUUUAUACAUAGUGCGAGUUCUAACAAGUUUGGAUCAAAGUGUGAACAAGUGCAUGUUUGUAUGUUUAGUUUUGUAAGCCAUGUAGAGAUAAUUGAGAUUAAGCUAAGUGUUGGCAUAGCUUUAGAAUUAAAUAGGCAGUACCAAAGUACGAUUCGUUGGCAAGUGCUAGUUUUAAGUGCUAGCGUAUGCAGUCUACUUUUAGACGCUUAAACGUAAUAAUCGACAGUCGUGCUUAAAUAUGCACUGACAUUGUUAUUGCAAGCUGAUAUGCGGGAAUGUUAACCGUUUUUAAUGUUUGUAAAAAACAUUUUUUAAUUUUUUAUUUUUAUUAAUCAGUACGUGACAGGUAUUUGUGGUGGUGUUCAAAAUGAAACAAUCGAAAAUUUACACAAAAUUUGACAAUGCAUUCGCACGAACACACUAACCGGCAUUGGUAGCAUGCAAAUAUUUAAUAUUAAAAAUCUGCCUUCGAGCGUGUAAAAGCAGAAUAUUUUAUAUCAUUUUACAAUGCAACAGAAUUACAAAAAAUAAACCAAAUCAAACCAAAUUUCAGCGUAAAACAAAAACGCAAAAUGACAUAGCAUAUCCGCAGGCGCUGCACCAUAACAUUCAUAAUAAUAACGCAAUUAAAUAUUACAAUUUUUCAAUAAAAUCGACACUACGUGGAAAUAAAUUGUUUAAGCGCGGCGAUGAGAGGCGACGCCUACACUCUCAACCCUCGUUUUACAAAAACUAUUUAAGAGUUUAUUUAAUAUUUGAUGAUUGUAUUGAAUUAUUAUGCCGACUAUUAUUUCAGCCUCUAUCAUUGUCAUUUAUUUAAACCAAAGGCUGACAAUAAUUGUAAUAUUUUAAUUUUAUAUUUUUAGUAGAAAUUUCCAUUCUUGUGUGAGUCGUUUUAAUUUUUUAAUAAUUUGUAAUUAUUGAAAUGUGUAAUAUCCAAUAAUAAGGACUUUAAAAAGUAUGUGAAAUGUUCAAAAAAUUGCAAAAGUUGUUAAAGAAAAAAACAACAGAAAAAAAAAAUUGGAAAUGUUUAUUAUCAUUCGAAAGAGCAUUCUUUGGCAUUUAACUUUCUAAGAUUAUCCCUUUCCAAUGUUAGUCGCAGCUACAUCUCCGAUGGUCCGUCCGUUGAUAUUGAUCCGAUGACUCUUUCAAACAUUUCGACUGGUAACUGGCGAAUGACACGCAUAAUGUUUUGCUCCAAGGCCUGAAUCGAAGAUCUCCUGAAAUCGAGAUCUUCUUCUUAACUAACCGCUUACAACUACGCGCUAUUCGUUCCUCUUAGUUUGGCAGUUCGUCGUCAAUUGGUAAUUCCAAAUGCUGCCAGGUCGUUCUCUACCUGGUCUCUCCAACGAAGUGGAGAUCAUGGGCUUCAAUUUCAGAGAUCAAACAGUCGGUUAACAUCGAUAACGGUCGCCAUAGACGAUAACGUUCUCACCGGCGUCAUUUUUGAAGAUAUUAUAUAUGUACCGAUGAUUCCACCGGCCCACAAACUACACGAACCGUUGCUUUUUUUUUAUGAAAUGGCUCUUUCGUCCAUACGCAUUGAGGCAGAAAUGGGCCUCAUCGCUGAACAUCAUUUGACUCGAAAACGUCGGAUCUUCUAAGAACUUUUCAAGAGCCCAUAGAGCGUAGCGAUGUCGCUUGGGUAGGUCAAGAGACUUCAGUUCUAGCACAAGCUGUAUUUUGUACGCUUUCAAUUGAAGAUCUCGACUUAAAAUCCACCAAGUCGUGCCAUACGUCAGUCCGAGUUGCUGCGAACGGCGCCGAAUCGAAUAACCACGUUCUUCGUGUACAUUCUUAGCUACGACUGCUAUUUUUUCUUCACUGCAUGCUGGACAUGUUCUAUUGGGUCGAAUAUUAGGCAAUAAUGAAUGGUGGGUCUCAAGAUGGGUGAUGGUUUUGCGAAUUGAAUGCUCAGUAGGCCGACUUUGUUGACCAUAAGUUAAGUGAAGCGCUUUUGGAAAAUGUACCACUACUUGGAUCAGCCGAUAGUUCACUUGUCAAUACAGCGAAGAAUUGAGUACUCUUUCUGUAUUAAUAACAGCUAAUUCUUCGACAUAUUUGCCACAAAUUUGCGGGGUUCGGAAAAAGAUAAAAGGCUAAGAAGCUCUGCUCAAGGAACUUCGAAGCCAAAGAAAGCGAUUGAUGUAUAAAGACAUAAUUCCUUUCCGCAAAAUACUUCGAGAAUUAUUGCGUAUAUAAGUAAUAGGCUUCAAACCCAACGUUCAUAUUUUUUUACACCAUUUUACAAAUGUUUUAGUAUGAACACCCACAGGUCAGUGCAUUUCUGUUAUUGCAUGAAAAAAAUGGUGUUGCUGAGAUAUGCGUUGCAAACGUGUAGAAAUUGGUAUUUUUUUUUUAAUCAACUAUUUUUUACCUGACUAAAAGGCUGACACCAAACGCAAAAUUCAUGGCCUCGCUCACAUGCCAAUAGAAAAUGUUGAGCCGCCCUUUUGCAACAGAGCAAUAAUCAAAUGCGAAAUUGCCACGGCAAGUGAAGUGUGAUAUUGAAAUUUCCAGAUAACCAAUUGAGUUACACUAGAACCUGUAAAUGAAAGAAACACAUAAAAACUAGUAUUUCACAUGCAGGAAACCGUCAAAAGCGCACAUGCAGUUAUACUCUAGAGAAAGCGCAAAAAAAAAAAUUAAUGCAAUUAGCACGCAGAAAUUCAGAGGUUAAAGUGUUUGAUUUUCUUUUAACUACGUUUCAAAGAAAUUUUAUAUAAUAUAUUGGUCUA